AAGACAUCCAUCCGCCCCCCUCCUCAUUCAUCCUCAAAGCCAAAGGACGCAAAAAUUCCAGCAAGCGUAAUUUGCAUGCAGCCCGGACUUCGGCCCCGUCUCCAGACACGCCCUUCCUUGUUGGACCUCAUCCGCCACAGGAGGAGCGACUCGGUGUCGUCGACCGUCUCUGCGCCCGUGCUCUCCGCUACUACCCCUACGGGCUCGGCUCAGCAGCAACCUCCCCGCCCGCGCCUGGGCUCCUUCAGCGCCUCGUUUGUUGGUGCGCUGCCCAGCGCUACAUCAUCGCCUCCACAGUCGCCAGCGGCCCCUGCUGACUCCAACCCGUGGAACCCACCCGCGCCGCUGCUACUGCUGCGUCCGCCCCGGUCGCCGUCGCCGCCGCCGCCGCCUCCUGUCGCAGCUGUCGAGCUGCCUCUGCCAAUCUCUCCACUCUCAACUUCAUCUCCCUCAACUCCUCCGCUGUCGCCCCAGCAGCCUCCGUCGCCGACCCUGCCCUCCCCUUCGUCCUCUUCGUCCUGCGCCGACAGCUCUCCCUCGUCCUGUGCCAACCCUGCGCCCGACCCUGCGCCGCUUUCCAAGAUGCCGCCUAAAGCGAACAAGGCCGAUGGCGAGGCCCUCCAUGGCGGCAAAAUCUACUCAAUUUCCGGCCCCGUCGUCAUCGCCGAGGAGAUGAUCGGCGUUGCCAUGUACGAGCUGGUCAAAGUAGGCCACGAUAACCUUGUCGGCGAAGUCAUUCGAAUCAACGGCGACCAGGCCUCUAUCCAGGUCUACGAGGAAACAGCCGGCCUCAUGGUUGGUGACCCCGUCACUCGCACCGGCAAGCCCCUCUCCGUCGAACUUGGCCCCGGCCUCCUCAAUGGCAUUCUGGACGGAAUCCAACGACCGCUCGCCGACAUUGCCGAUGUAGCCAAGACCAUCUACAUUCCCCGUGGCAUCUCCGUCCCCGCCCUCGACCGCAACAAGAAGUGGGCGUUCACGCCUACCAUGAAGGUCGGCGACCACGUCAGCGGCGGCGACGUCUGGGGCACCGUCUUCGAGAACUCGUUCAUCUCGACACACAGAAUUAUUUUCCCACCCCGCGCCCGAGGCACCAUCACCAAGAUUGCUGCAAAGGGCGAGUACACCGUUGCCGAGAACAUCCUCGAGGUCGAGUUCGACGGCAAGAAGAUCGAGUAUCCUAUGAUGCAGUCAUGGCCCGUCCGAGUACCCCGACCCUCCACCGAGAAGCUCGCCGCCGAGGAGCCCUUCGUCGUCGGCCAGCGCGUCCUGGAUGCCCUGUUCCCCGGUGUCCAGGGUGGCACCAUUGCCAUCCCCGGUGCUUUCGGCUGCGGCAAGACUGUCAUCAGUCAAUCCGUCUCCAAGUUCUCCAACAGCGACGUCAUCGUCUACGUGGGCUGCGGCGAACGCGGCAACGAAAUGGCUGAAGUGUUGAAGGACUUCCCGGAGCUGACGAUUGAUGUCGAUGGCCGCAAGGAGCCCAUCAUGAAGCGCACGACCCUCAUCGCCAACACAUCCAACAUGCCCGUGGCCGCCCGAGAAGCGUCCAUCUACACUGGUAUUACGGUCGCCGAGUAUUUCCGUGACCAGGGUCUUAACGUGGCCAUGAUGGCUGACUCGACGUCGCGAUGGGCCGAGGCGCUGCGAGAACUGUCGGGUCGUCUGGGAGAAAUGCCUGCUGACCAGGGUUUCCCUGCUUACCUGAGUGCCAAGCUCGCCUCCUUCUACGAGCGAGCUGGCCGCGUGCAGACAUUGGGCUCGCCCGAGCGCAAGGGCAGUGUCAGCAUCGUCGGCGCCGUCAGCCCCCCUGGUGGUGACUUUUCGGAUCCCGUCACGUCGUCCACCCUCAGCAUCGUGCAAGUCUUUUGGGGUCUCGACAAGAAGCUGGCGCAGCGCAAGCACUUCCCCUCUAUCAACACUAGCGUCUCCUACUCCAAGUACACGAGCGUGCUCGACAAGUACUACGAAAAGGAGUUCCCCGAGUUCCCGAGACUGCGUGACCGAAUCAAGCAGCUGCUGUCCGACUCGGAGGAGCUGGAUCAGGUGGUGCAGCUGGUCGGCAAGAGCGCGCUGUCGGACCCGGACAAGAUCACGCUGGACCUGGCGGUCCUGCUCAAGGAGGACUUUUUGCAGCAGAACGGCUACUCAGACUACGACCAGUUCUGCCCCAUGUGGAAGACGGAGUGGAUGAUGAAGCUCAUGGUCGGGUACCACGACGAGUCGCAAAAGGCCAUUGCGCAGGGUCAGAGCUGGGCUAAGGUCCGCGAGGCCACGAGCGAUCUCCAGGCGAAGCUGCGGCAGCUCAAGUUUGAGGUGCCCGGAGAUGGCGAGGAGGCCAUCACCAAGAAGUACGAGGCUAUUCAGCAGGAGAUGAUGGACAAGUUUGCGUCGGUGAUGGACGAGUAGGUGACGAGAGGCGUGCACCCUACAUUGUAAGCACGGAUGGUCCUAUAGAGAGGGGGGGUCUUGUCAGCACGGAGGGGCGGGUCAGAGUCCAAGAGGACCGUCGCCGCCACCUCGCCCUGUAUCCAUUGAAUCCAGCAAUUUCCAAUAUCGUGUAGCGUGCUGUCUGUGUUGUAGUCGUGCUGGUUCUGGACUUGCAUACGGCGCUGGUUGGGUCGGUGUGGGGCCACCAGCUUUGUAGUGUACGCAACUGAGCUUAAACCUCACCACG